CGAAUAGCACUGUGAAUCAAACGGGCGCGUUAAGUGAUAGACAAAGCCAAAAAUAAAAUAAAAACAGUUUCCAUAUGUAUACAAUAGAUUUCAUCGCAAAUAAAUAAACACAAUAAAAAUGGAAAGCAUUUGGCAGGAGUGCACAUCAUUUUUGAAGACCUUACUGUGCUUUAUAGUCGCACUAAUGCUGUUGCCAUUGUUGCUGGUAUCAUUUCUGUGCGCGCACUUUGCCAACGAGCUGGCCAACUAUGUGCUGAGCAUCAAAUAUCCCAAUUUGACCAUAUCCAAGUCAAAGAAAAUACGCACACUGAUCGAUACGCCCAAAAAUGCUGGCAUUUUUCACUUUCUGCUCCAGGUGGAGGGGCCCUGUGAUUUUGAGCGGAUUAGGCGCGCCUAUGCGCUGCAGUUGACCGAGUUGAAGGACAAAGCGGGCAUCCUCAAGUUUCCCAAGUUGCGACAGAAACUGGUCACAUGUUGGGGUCAAUAUGCCUGGGUCAAUGAUAGCACUGGUUUCAACAUCAACAAUCACGUUCUGCUCAGCAAUCCCAAAUAUAGAGGUCGUCCCGUCAACGAAUCGAAUAUACAGGAAUAUGUCAGUGAGUUGGCUGCCAAGUAUAUACCCUCCGAUUUGCCCCAAUGGCAGGUGACCGUAAUACCCAACACGGAUAGUGCACAGCCCUAUUAUAUACUGAUUAAGCUGCAUCAUUUGAUCAUUGCCGAGGAGGAGGAUUUGCAUGUAGGCGAGAUGCUUCUCCUGCAAGACACUGAUCGUAAAUCAAUUGUAGACUUGACCAGGCCAACUGCCACCCGGCAGCUUACCCACUUUGUGCGCCAGCCGGAGCAUAUCAGUAAGCUGCUCAAUCAUGUGCUGCAUCUUGUUAGCUGUCGCUGGCAGCAGUUCAUCUAUGAAUUCGAAUCGCUGGACACACCCGAUGGAGUCAAAUCGCAUCCGGAUGCACGCAAUCUCAGCCAGCUGCUGUCGCUGGUGCUAAUCGUUGUGGUCAAUGUGGUUUUGGGCUAUUGGCGCACCCAAUCCAUGCGUCGUAAGAGGCAACGACGAGCCGCGAGCUAUCGCAGCGAUGUGGGUCUGCUCCAAACGCUCUAUUUGCUGCUGCAGCACGAGCUGGAGCAACGUAAUCUCAGCUGGGCAGUAGCCCGCUCCGCCCUGGCGCACAGCCUGCAGCCAUCGAAUAUUGUCAAAGCCUGGACACGUUUCCUUUGGCAACUCUUACUGAAUUAUUGUAUCCUCUUGCCAUAUCACAUCUAUUGCGAAAUGCUGGCACUUCGAGAUGUGCUGUUGCGAGGCCAGACGUCAUAUAGUACCACCUACUGUGCUCGACUGCAUCUCUAUGUGCCGCUGCUGAUUUACGCCCAGCUCGAACUGGUCAAGAUCUGUUAUGAGCUGUUCAAGGCGCCCAGGAAUAUCUAUGAGGUGUUGUUUGUGCAGCCCACCAAGGAACUGAAUAUACUGCACAAGAAGUCCUAUGCCGGCAGAAAGAUUGUCUCCUUCAGUCGGUCCAUUGAUGGCGCUGUGUUGCGUGAACGUCAUCAGCAUUUAUUUGGCAAGAAACUCCGAGAAUCCGAUUUUAGUUUGGCCUGCUUAGCGGGAGCUGUUCACGAUUAUUUCAAUACGUAUGCGGAUAAGGCAACGGUGCCGGCUCUCUUGAAUACCACCUGUCGGACAAUAUCCAAGGGCUACUUCACCGAUCGCAGUGGCGACAAAUCGGAACAUAUUGGUGGUGUGGUAUUUUUGCAGCUACCUCUGGGCUCGCCAGAUGCCCUGAAGACCCAACAACUGCACGAGAUUGUUGAGCGCAUACGCAAACAGCAGAUCAUGAUCUAUUUGGCCUCCAUUGGACAGACCAAGUACAGUCUGCUGACAGCUCUGUUGCCACAUGUCCUUACCAAGAUAUUUAUCAACUUCUUUUCGUACAAUUUUCCUGUUACCAUCACAGAGAUAUAUGGUGCGGCAGACACACAAUUUCAGUCGGCGUGGGGCCAGCGGGUGCAAGAUGUGCUGCUGUUUCGGCCGCCGCAGUCGAAGACUUGUUUGUCCCUGAAUCUGCAUCGAUUUGGGGACAAAUAUAGGUUAGCUGUUAUGGCGGAUACUCAUCUGGCUCCCGAUCACACACUGCUCACCCAAUCCUUUGAGCGUUAUAUGGAAACGGUGACACUGUAAAAACAAAAACGAAAUAAAACUAUUUAUCCGA